GUUGUUUGGAAAGAAAUUGGGCGAGCUCAGCUGCGGCUGCCGUCUGGUGCCGGUCUCGGCUUCUCCUUGCCUUUGUGGCAUCGUCGUGUUUGUAGUUGUUGGUGCUGUGGCUGUUCACGGUGGGUGGUUGUCUUCCAUUGAGACUUCGAAGCAAUUGUUGAGCUGCUGCUGCAAUAUUGUGGCGUCGUCAUGGCAAGCGCAGCUCUGCCGAUGCGAAAUGUUCGCAGCCGAGGUGCGGCCCGUGUUCUUGCGCGCGAUCGCGGGGCCACCACUUUCCUUCAAGAGGAAUUUCAGAAAAGCCUCCGCGCUCUACAGGCCGAAUUAGAGCGUCUCAAGGCGGAGAACAAAGACCUCAAAUUCAAGCUCAUCGUCACCCACACCAGUACCACCAACAGCCCUUCUGCACGCGUCCAGAGCAUGAUUGAUGAGCUGCGAGCUGAGAAUGCCCAGUUGACCAAGCAACUGCACUUUGCCCAGGAAGAAGCCCAGCUGCUGGAGCUUGAUUAUGAUGAUCUGCGCAGGGACCACGCACAGAUGGAGGCCCAGCUCUUCGAGUCGCGCAACCAAGUCGCGGUGGCCCUGGAGCAUAUCCAAGCCCUCCGCCAGCAGCAGAGCCAGAUGCAGAGUCAGAUGCAAAGUCAAAUGGGUCCGCCGCUGGCCAGCCACACGCAGAUGAAUGGCCCUCGAGGCCCUCAUGGCAGCCAGUCCACGCGUCGGCGCCGCCCAGGCCCCGCGCGGACGGACAACGAGCUGCAGGAGCGAAAGCGCCGCAUCCUCGACACACUCGUUUCCAUGAAUGGCAGCGGCUUCCAAGGCUCUCGCAAACCCAUGCGCAAGACUUCAUCUGACAGUGGCCUUGUGCACGGCCCGGCUGCAGGCCGAGCCCUCCCUCCAGUGCACCGCUCGCUGGGAACCGAGCAAGUGCAAAAGUUGGCGACGCUCAAGACCCAUGGCUCUACCCGAGCAGCCCGAAAGUAGUUCAUCAGCUACGACGUGCUGCAAGGAGCUGUAGCGAGGCGGGCCCUUUGCUCAAUCCAGGCAGCAGCGGCCAUGUUCCGAUAUGGCUGUAGUAGAGUAGAUCACCAACGCGCCACCCCACCGUGGCCUGACCUGGCCAUGACCCUUCGGGCCAAAAGCAUGUGCUUGAUGCGGCAGCGUGCUGGAACCAACCGCAAAGGCAUUAUACGAGCAUGCAAAGAGUGAAAAUUGGAAAAAAAAAAA